CAGCACGCGUAUGCAGGAUAGGUCAGCUCUCCGGGUAUCUCGAUCUUACCUUCCGUUUCGGCCAUUGUUCCUACAGGUACCCCAUGCAACGCCAGCCUAUCAACCGCGACCUUCCCAUUCCAUCUCACGAUAUAUCUAUCUCCGCACCAGACGCAACGUCUCGGACCAACCAGAGGCUAGAAAGUUAGCAGAUGGCUCAGAAUGCGGGGCACAAAUGCCGAUAUCGUGGAUUGGAAUGCUGGGAAAGCAUAUCCCAACUUCCCAUCCAGUAUCCUCACCGCGGAGUCCACCGACGACUUCUGGAUAUAAAAUCCCCAUGAUCACCAGCGGACGUUCCCCCUUCAGCACUCACAAUCCAUACACAGCUCACCAAUCCGGUCCUUCGAUCCUCCAGCACGAUCCCCAGCGCAAUCUUUCGUCCAAACUCCAAAAUGCGUCCCCUCGACCUCCUUCUCCCUUUCUUCUUGAUCCACCUUUCCCUCGCCCUCCCUGCAAAACCUCUCCCGCUGAUCCCCCGCGCUUGUGCUACUACGUGCGGGAGCAACUGCUACACAAGCAGCCAAAUCAACGAAGCGCUGAGCGCGGGGUAUAACUACUACGAGUCCGGCGACAAGGCGGGCAGCUCGAAGUACCCGGAGAAGUACAAUGACUACGAGGGUUUUGAUUUCGGGGGUGUGAGUGGGCCGUAUUAUGAGUUCCCGAUUUUGGAGAGUGGGGUUUACUCGGGCGGUUCUCCCGGCGCGGAUAGGAUUGUGUUCAACACUGAUGGUGAUCUUGCGGGCGAGAUUACGCAUACGGGGGCGAGCGAUAAUGAUUUUGUUGGGUGCACGGGGACGAGUUAGGGGAGUGAAGGGG